GAGGAAAGCAGAACAGCGCUCUGUGGCUUGGCCGGAGGAAGUGCGGCAGGUCACCGCUAGCGCUGCGCCACCGCUUGCUGGUGGGACAGCCAAGUGAGCCUGAGAUGCUGCUGCGCUUGAACUCGGGGCUGCCGCCGCCGCUGCUGCUUCUGGUUCUGGGGACACUCGGUGUCUUCUCCCCCGGCGUCCUGACGGGACCCACACCAACCGAGGACCCCGUGGAGCUGGAUUUUUCCACCGAGCAGCUGGUGCACCUGGUGAGCCCCGCGUUCCUGUCCUUCACCAUCGACGCCAACCUGGCCACGGACCCUCGGUUCCUCACCUUCCUGGGUUCCCCAAAGCUUCGCACUUUGGCCAGAGGUUUGUCUCCUGCAUACCUGAGAUUUGGUGGCACCAAGACAGACUUUCUCAUUUUCGAUCCCAAGAAGGAGCCAAGCGUUGAAGAGAGAAGUUACUGGCAAUCCCAAUUCAACCAGGAUAUUUGCAAAUCUGGAUUCAUCCCUUCUGAUAUAGAGAAGAAGUUACAGUUGGAAUGGCCAUUCCAGGAGCAAUUGCUACUCAGAGAACAGUAUUACAAAAGGUUCAAGAACAGCACCUACUCAAGAAGCUCAGUGGAUAUACUGUACACUUUUGCAAGUUGCUCAGGACUGGACUUGAUCUUUGGUCUAAAUGCCUUAUUACGAACAGCAGAUUUGCAGUGGAAUAGUUCGAAUGCUCAGUUACUCUUGGACUACUGCUCUUCCAAGGGUUAUAACAUUUCUUGGGAACUAGGCAAUGAACCCAACAGUUUCCAGAAGAAGGCUGGUAUUUUCAUCGAUGGAUUGCAGUUAGGAGAAGAUUUUAUUAAGCUGCAUAAACUUCUAGGAAAAUCCAUUUUCAAAAAUGCAAAACUCUAUGGUCCUGAUGUUGGUCAGCCUCGAGGAAAGACUGUUAAGAUGCUGAGGAAUUUCCUGAAGGCUGGGGGAGAGGUGAUUGAUUCAGUCACAUGGCAUCACUACUACUUGAAUGGACGAACUGCUACCAAAGAAGAUUUUCUAAACCCUGAUGUGUUGGACACUUUUAUUUUAACUGUGAAAAAAAUUUUCCAGGUUGUUGAGAAGACCAGACCCCACAAGAAGGUUUGGUUAGGAGAAACAAGCUCUGCGUUCGCGGGUGGAGCACCCUUGCUGUCCAACACCUUUGCGGCUGGUUUUAUGUGGCUGGAUAAACUGGGCCUGUCAGCCCGAAUGGGCAUAGAAGUGGUGAUGAGGCAAGUGUUUUUUGGAGCUGGAAACUACCACUUAGUGGAUGAAAACUUUGAACCGUUACCUGAUUAUUGGCUCUCUCUUCUAUUCAAGAAACUGGUGGGCACCAAGGUGUUAAAGGCAAGUGUGAAAGGUCAAGCCAGAAGCAAACUUCGAGUGUACCUUCAUUGCACAAACAUCAACCACCCAAGGUAUAAAGAAGGAGAUUUAACUCUGUAUGCCUUAAACCUUCAUAAUGUCACCAAGCACUUGCAGUUACCACAUUAUUUAUUUGACAAAGAAGUGGACAGAUACGUUGUAAAAGCUUCAGGACCCGAUGGAUUGUUUUCCCAAUCUGUCCAACUCAAUGAUAAAACUCUGAAGAUGGUGGAUGACCAAACCCUGCCAACUUUGAUAGAAAAACCUCUCAGCCCAGGAAGUCCACUAAGCUUGCCAGCUUUCUCAUAUGGGUUUUUUGUGAUAAGAAAUGCCAGAGUUGCUGCUUGCCUCUGAAAAUAAAUGGUUUACAGUAACCUUGAGAUUGACUUUGUCUAGUGUAUUGAGAAGGGGAAAGCAAGGUGUCGAGCUAUAGGAAGGCAAGCAGAUACAUUACAAAUCAACCAGUAGGAGUUUAGAGACACUGGGACGCUCUCAGGCUAGACUUAGCACAGUAUUUUGUUCUUUUUAAGCAAACCAUUGCUAAUAAUAAUACCUUGCGACAAACACUAUUAUUGUACUUUGCAUUUAAUAUUUUUAUUUAAAGUUAUUAAAAAUGUUUAUGAAUGCUUCCAAGUAAGUAAAGGAUAUAUUAUUAGUUUUAAGAAAGUGCUUAGUUGUUUUUAUUUUCAAAAAACAGUUAUUAGAAGAUUGUCAUAUUCUUUCCUGAAUAUGCCAUUGGAAGGGCUCCCAUCAGAAAAAGUUUACUACCAUAACCUUCAAAUUGUUUAUAAACAAGAGAUAAUCUCUUUGCACCUUAUCAGAGAGCUAGAUUCACUUUCUGCUUCUCUUUAUUGCUUGUCGUUGUCAGCAAUACUAUGUAAGAGGACAGAUGGUGGAUGUGAUAGUAUUAAAAAUGAUUAAUUACAAUCAUUUUGACAGAGGGAUUAUGUAAAAUUCAAAUGAAAUUUUAAAAAAAAUAACUGUAAGGGAAAUUGAUUUACCAAGAGGAGGAAAAUUUACUUCAAUACCUUAUUACCAUCUGUUAAUGUUUACUUUUGUUACGCCUUUAGUUCUAAAGGCUUAAACAAUAAGGACAUUUAUAAUCCCAAAUUACAAGAAGUGGAAACAGGUGCACUCCAUAGCUCAGUAGGAACCAGUGUGCUACCUUUAGUAUUGGCUUCAUUCUCAAGAUGGUGGCUUGAUGGCUGUAGCUAUUCCAUGGACCCAUGGAGACCUGACAGCACCCAGAGAAAGAAGAUGAGCAAUUUUUCUGUGUCUUUCGCAGAGGUCCUCCAGCAAACCUCUCCUUGUUUCUCCUCAUGUGUUAUUGGUCAGGAAUGGAUCUCCUGGCCAUUUUCCCCAGUCAGUACCAACAUCACUGAGGCUCCUAUAAAUGUCCCCUAAUAAUCUUUUGGAACGGAGUGGGUGUUGGGAAGUUCCUGGCACUGACUACUAUAGUUCUGUGCUUUUAUUAGAGACAGGAUGUAUUAUUUUCUCCUGUAUCUUAAUUUUUAGAAAUAUAAUCUUCUUCAUAUUUAUGCCAACUAUGAAUAAAUAUUGUCUCAAUUAAAUUUAAUUACAUUUAUGAGCAGCUACAGCUGGAACUUAAAGUUGGAUGCUUGA